ACAACUUGCCUCUCUGAGAGCCUCGGUGCCCUGCAUCAGCCAGUUCGUUGUGCAUAAAAGCCUGAAAAACUUGAUGUGGCUCUAGCUCAGAGGUGUUUGAAUACCCUCUGUAUGUGUACCUCACAGACUGCUUCUCCCUGGGCCACGUUUGCACAUCUCUGUUUGUUUUUGUGUCAUCUGACUACUUAACAUAACUGCAUAACAUAACAUCUGACAAGAGGAUGUUAUUCUCUACUUCAACAGAGACAGGACAAGAAAAAUGCUUAUUGUCUCUUCUGAAAGCCUUCCAAGAAAUUUGAAAGAUUGUACAUUUUUCAGGAGUCACGCUGGAUAUUUUGGGGGAAUUAAUUUUUUGCUUUUUUCUUUUUUUGGUAAUUGUGGUUCUAGUUUACUACUGCUUUACUGCAUAUUUUUUAAAUGGUAGGGCAGGGAAGGCAGAUCGGGGGCCUGGCACUGGUUCUGAUGGGGAUUUUAGGACUGUGUUUGGCAUGUGGGCUGCCAAUGUGGCGUGAAGCAUCUUUUGUGGGAGCAAAUGUUGUGACUGCACAAUCGGUGUGGGACGGUCUGUGGUUGCACUGUGUCAUUCAGGCCACAGGUCAAAUGCAGUGCAAGAGACACACCACGUCCACCACUAUGACCUCGGACAUCCAGGCUGGACGCGCCCUCACGUUGCUCUCUAUCCUCGCCAGCCUCCUGGGCUUUAUCGUCACCCUCCUCGGAGGGGGCGUGGCCAACUGUAGUGGCGCCCCACCUGACCCUUUAGAGCAUCUGACCACUUCUUCUUCCAGAAAGAAGGCGUCUCUGCUGGGUGGAGCUUUGUGUAUCCUGGCUGGUAUCUUGUGCCUGGUUUCAGUCAGCUGGUCAGCAGCAGCAACCAUCUCGGUCUACAAUGACCCCUUGGUGACUGCGGCCCUGAAGAGGGAGGUGGGCUCAUCCAUCUACAUAGGCUGGGCCUCCUCCCUGCUGCUCCUUCUUGGCGGUGUGCUGAUCUGUGCUGUCUGCAUGGAGAAAGAGAGAUCCCAGCCUCCCUACUACUCCUACAUGCCACACGGCACCAACACCACGUUCAACGAUGGUUCAUCCCGCACGACCACUCUGAGGUCUGAUGCCAUCAGAUCAAACGACUCCAGGAUGUUCGAUCGUUAUUCACAGAGGAGUAUGGUAGGUCACGUAGUCCAGGUGGAUGACUAUAACUCUCUCAAUAAAAAUGGGUUUGGAAGGUACAAUCAGCGUCAGGGGACAGAACCAGGAGACUUUGGGCUAUAAUCCAUCAAACAGAUCAGGGACACCAGACAAGGGGAAGGGCUUAUUGAGGGGGAUGAAGCCAAAUCUGGUGCGUGACGUUCCCAGCAGAACCACAACAGAGCCGAGCGUUAUGAUAUUACAACAUGCCCUAAAUCUGUAUCACUGAAGUGAGAGUGACUCAAUACAUGAAUCACGCAGAUGUAAACUGUGGUCACUGAUUGUUUCUUUUUACAUGUUAUUAAAACUUUCUUGGAUUUACAAUAAUUCUGGUGGAGAUCUGGGAGCUUCGGAAUAUACCAAAUAUGUCAAACUGUUGCUUCCUUUUAUCUUUAUCAAGAUAAGAAACACAUUCACAUUUUGAAGUUUAAUCUAAUCUUCAUUUCCUUAUAUAUGAAUAUAGUAAUCUCAUGUCAAAUUUAAAGAUAUUGAAAGAGGAAAUUGAUCACAUUUAAUCAUCAGCACACAAAGUGCCAGUGUUUCAGAUUUGUGCUCAAAGACAGUUUUACAGGACAGAUGUCUGUUGGAUGAGUAUCUAUGAGAGGGAGUUUCCCUGCAGUCAUGUUGUGUGCAUUCAGACCGACAUGUCGUUACACUCUGCUGAGUGCUGCUGACAUCGACUGACAGCAGUGUGGUGACUCUGGCUGCGUCCCUUCCAGAGCUUUUCAUCUGUGUCAAACAGAAGAGUGCCUGUGUAUUUUCAUUCACUGUGAAUGACUGUCACAUUUUUCAGUGAUACUGUAAGAACUCUGAUUUCUUCAGAGGACGUUCUUGGGCAUUUAAGUAGUGACUCAGUCUGGGUUUUGAAAAUUGGAUGAAUAAUAAAUCAGAGUCGGAUGGUCUCACAUUUGAAAUUAAUCAAAAGUCAUUUUCUCUCUGUGUCUCCAUUAUCUCUCUGUUGGAUGGAUUUAUAUGUUUUGUCACAUAUUUAGAGAUAUAUUGUACUGUACUAUACUAUACUAUACUUGCUUGUUACAUACUACACUAUUCUAUACCAUGUUAUGUUUGAUAUUCUUGUUAUUCUUGUAAUGUUGUAGUAAAGUAUAUAUAUUGUUACACUAUAUUAUUACAUUUCACCCCAUACUGUAUCUUAUAUCCUAUACUAUUUCAAACUAGAUUAUACUUUGUUAGGGUAAUAUGUUAUGCUGUCUUACACUGAAUUAUUUUUCUACAUACAGACAAAGACUGAGUGUCAUAUUGUCUGUUAUUUUGGUCUAAGCUGCUUAAUGGACUGAUGACACUGCUGUCACUUGAGCCUGUAACUUUGUCUUUAAUUUCUCUUGUAUGAUUUCUGUUUUUUACUUCUACUCUUGUUUUAGUAUAUAAGUUUUUCUAUUGUCUAUUUUGUUCUUUCUGUAUAUCAGCACUUAUUUCCCAUCUUAAUCAAUUAAGCCUUAUCUGAAAAUAAAGCAGAAACCGA